AUCUUAAAUUCAUGAUGGGUUUUGUUCAAUUCGGCAUAAAGUUUGUUAAUUUAUUAUAUACAUGUUCAAGAAUUACUAUCUUUGGUUGAUUGUAUCAAGAAUUAUGAUGGGUUUUGCUCAAUUUUGCAUAAAGUUUGUUCAUUUAUUAUAUACAUGUUCAGGAAUUACUAUCUUUGGUUGAUUGUAUCAAGAAAAAUCUAAUUUUUAUAUGCUUUAUUUCUUUGUUUGUUUGUUAAGUAAUCUAUGUUUGUAAAUUGGGUGUUAGGAUUUUUGGGAGAAUAAUAUUGUGUUUUUGAUACUUUUGGCGCUCUCGCCCCUGACGCGGUGCGGUUCCUCAAGCGGGUUCAGCAGGUGGUAAGCAGUAACACCGCAUGUUAAGGGGCAGAAUUUUGUGUUUAGCAGGGUAGGGUAGGGUUUGCUAUUCAGAAGGGGGUAGCGGCGCAACUUGUUGCUCGUCUACCUGCCAUUAGUCUGUAAUCGUCUCUGUUUUUAUAAUAUUAAUAAGCUUAUUAUUUUGGGGGUUAUGUUUUGACAAGGUGAGGUUUUGAGAAUUGAAGAUGGGUAGUUAUAGUGAGGAUGAAGAAGAUGAGUUUUUUGACGCCCGUGAGGUGUUCGAUUAUAUGUCUGACUCGGGUUCGGAUUGGUUACCGGAGGACUGUUCGACUUCGGGCUUUGGGUAUGAUUAUUGGGUUGGGAAUUUGGACGGUGUCGAUGCUCGUCGUGAUAAGUUGUUGAGGUUAAUGGGCUUGAGUUCUAGAUGGCGUGUAAAUAGAGACAACGAAGAGGGGUAUGAUCCGUAUGAAGACGGGUUCAUUGAUGAAAUAAGAGACAGCGGUGAAGUUGUUUCGCGUGAAAAUUUGAACACUCAAGAUGAGGUUUUGUGUAGGCAGCCGUCUUUAACUGAUUGGUCGAGUAAAACGAUGGAGUUGGUGACUUCUAGUGUAAAUUGGGAUGAAUCGGGUGAGGACGUAUUGGUGAAAACGUCAUUUGAUUUCGGUGCAGAGAGUAAACCGGAUUCCGGUACGUCUUCUCAGCAGUCGUCAAGAAGAGAAGGUGACGCCAUGAGUUUGUUAGAUAGACGUAAGAAAGUGAAAAAGGGUUGGCUUCAAAAGCUAAGUGUCAUGGCUCGAAUCACAAAUGAACAUGACGAGUCGGUUUCUUUGAAGCCAAAUUCAAAAGACGAUGCGGGUGCGGGUACUCGCUCUGUUCAUGUGCACGCACACAAAAAGAAAUCAAAAGAAUUAUCGUCACUUUACGCCACACAAGAGUUUCCUGCUCAUAACGGUCCAAUCUCGAUUAUAAAGUUCAGUCAUGACGGCAGAUACUUGGCAAGUGCUGGUGAAGAUGCUAUCGUACGCGUUUGGAUGAUUUUUGAAGAUCAAGAUCCAAGAAUAUAUAAGAUUCAAGAAACCGAUCGUUCGUCGUUGUAUUUCUCAACUAAUCAUCUCUCCGAAUUAGCCCCUCUUAAAGCAGACAAAGAAAAAACACGUAAAUUCGGAGGCUUCAGGAAAUCAUCGGAACUAGCUUGUGUUAUUUUACCACCUAACGUCUUCAGAAUCUCAGAGAAACCUGUGCAUGAGUUCUAUGGGCAUGGUGGCGAGAUCUUAUCACUUUCAUGGUCUAAAAACGGGCAUCUUCUAUCAUCUUCUGUGGAUAAAACCGUUCGUUUGUGGAAACUUGGACAUAACGAAUGCCUCAAAGUCUUUACUCACAACAACUACGUGACAUGUGUCGACUUCAAUCCCGUGGAUGAAAACUAUUUCAUCAGUGGUUCCAUUGAUGGCAAAGUACGCGUAUGGGAUGUGCAUAGUUGUAAAGUUAUUGAUUGGCUUGAUCUUGGUGAUAUUAUAACUGCGGUGUGUUAUAAUCCAGAUGGCAAGGGAAGCAUUGUGGGAACGUUAGAUGGAAAAUGCAGCUUCUAUGAUAUUACUGAUGAACGGCUGCAAUUGCAUACUCAAAUUUUGUCGAUGAGUAAAAAGAAGUGGCCAAAGAGAAUAACUGGAUUUCAGUUUUGCCCGAUUGACUCCAGGAAAGUCCUUGUUUCGACAGCCGAUUCACAAGUGAGAAUCCUUUGUGGGAUCAACAUCGUAGGCAAAUUUAAGGGUAGUAGAAGUUCCGGAAGCCAAUUGUCGGCAUGCUUCACAUCCGACGGAAAACACAUAAUCUCAGCCGCAGAGGAUUCAAACAUAUACAUCUGGAACCACAUCAAUCCCAACAAACCCGUCACAAAACCCAAAAGCCACUCAUCGUACGAAAACUUCACCUCACAAAACACAACAAUGGCCAUACCAUGGUGCGGUCUCAAAACCAUAGCAGCCGCACUUCCGUCUCCACGACUUACGUUAACCACCAACAACAACGUUGUGGUUCCACGAAGCACGAUAGAUUCACCUAGACUGGUGUCACCAACAACCACCCGUGGGUUUUUCUUGGAGUCGUUAUUGAAAGGACCGCCAACAUGGCCAGCUGAAACACUACCCGAUUCAACUCAAGUUAGUGUGUCACCUUCGAUGCGUAAAUCGGAGUACAAGUUCUUGAAAACCGCGUAUCAAAGCACUUUUGUUGCGCCGCAUGUUUGGGGUCUGGUGAUUGUAGCUGCGGGUUGGGAUGGGCGGAUUAGAACGUAUCUGAAUUACGGGCUACCCAUUCGGAUGUGAAAGCUUACAUGGUCUUUUUUUAGUACAUAGAUUAUGUUAUAAGUUAUUUGAUUACAAGACUACAGUUAUACUUGGUAUAUGGGUCAAGUUAUUCUACAAAGUCUUCUAAUUGUAAGAAGUGUAAGAAGGAUUUAUAGAGUGGCAAGUGUAAAUUUUUUUUUUUUUUUUAGGGUGGGUGAUGUGGGGGGGGGGGGGGGUUGGUUUUUGGUGGUGGUGGAUGUUUAAGGGUUUUUUUUUUUUUUUUUUUUUAGUGGGUUUUUUUGUGUAGUGGGUUUUUUUAGGUUAUUGGACACUUGUCACUCUAUAAAUCCUUCUUACACUUCUUACAAUUAAGAUCCUUUGUAUUUGAUCCUAAUCCCUUGGUAUAUAUAUUAAAAAACCGAGCGUUUUGGUUUCUGAGAAAAGAAACAGACGGGGGUUGGUUGUCUUUUGCUUUGGGUAUGUAUAGUUAUACCCAUUGUUGAACAGAACAGAGCAUGUUAAACACCAUCUUUAAGCUCAAAAAAUAAACACAAUGAUUUUUUUUUA